UUGUUUCAAUCACUGUGUUUACCAUUCACUUGUGUUAAAGUAACCAAUAACAAAGAUGAAGAAGCAACUCCAACUGCCACAGCCAUUGGCAUUGCCAUCCACAAGCUCUGCAUCAAAUAAUGCAGAGAUUGACACCCAAGGGUCAAUGAAGAUAAAGACGAAGAAGACGAUAUUGUUGCUAAGAAUGUUUCAUUCUUUUGAUGAGAAUGGAGAUGGAAAGAUAUCACCUGAAGAGUUGUAUAAAUGUGUGCAAAAUGUGGACCGGAAAGAGCUGCACAUGUCCAUGGAGGAAGCUAAGGCAAUUGUGGAGAUGUUAGACUCAAAUGGGGAUGGAUUGCUUGACUUGAAUGAUUUUGUUAGAUUGAUGGAAUGUGAGUGCAAGGAAGAGGAAUGCAAGAUCUUGAGAGAUGCUUUUCAAGUGUAUGAGAUGGAAGGACAAGGAUGCAUCACUCCUAAGAGUCUCAGCAGCGCCCUCGCCCGGCUUGGCCAACGGAGGUCUGUGGAUGAAUGCGCUGCCAUGAUUCGUCAUUUUGAUCUCAACGGAGAUGGUGUUAUUAGUUUCGAUGAGUUCAGAAUUAUGAUGCAUUAAGGUGUUGAUUGUAGGUUUUUUAUGGACUUAGUCAUACGAUGUGCACCACAUGUUAAUGACUAACUUAAUUUUCGCACACCAAAAAAUUUUUACUCUGGAACCAUUUGUUGAGGCAACCUGGUUAAACCCGCUCUCCCGGUGUAUAUAUAUAUAUAUUUAAUCUUUAUUGA